UCCUCACUUCAGCACUCGAGAAGAAAGGAUUCCACGCUUAAUAUUUCUCCCUUUUAAUUCAACAACAUAUUUACAUCAUGUGUACAGGAAAGUGCUCCAAGUUUAUUGGCAUCACUCUAUAUCCGCUGGCGGUGAUGUCCAUCAUCGCCAACAUUUUACUGUUCUUCCCUGAUUUUAAAGCCACAUAUUCCCAGGAGCAAACAGAAGGAAAGUACCGUCUUACAGAUGAGAUCAAAUACAUGGGAGGUGUUAUUGGAGGAGGCAUCUUGGUGUUGAUCCCUGCGAUCCACAUCCACAGCACUGGGAGUCGCGGCUGUUGUGCAAACCGUUGUGGGAUGUUCCUGUCCAUUAUCUUUGCUGCAGCUGGUGUGACUGGUGCCCUGUACAGUGGUACUAUAGCUGUGGUUGCAUUGAUUAGAGGACCAGUUUGCAUGCUUGAAAAUGGUACAUGGUGCAGACCGUUCCUAAACAGCACUGAAAACUACAUGGAAGAUUCUGAACUUUGGGACAUUUGUAAAGAACCAGAAGAUAUUGUGGUGUUUAAUUUGAGCCUGUUCUCUAUCCUGGGGUUGGCUGCUUGUUUAGAAGUCUUGCUCUGUGCAUUCCAGGUGUUCAACGGCCUCUUUGGCUGUAUUUGUGGAACAUGCAAUAAAGAGGAGGAUUAAGUCCAAAAUGACAGCAGACAGGGAUAACACAACAUCAAGAUUUAUCUCCAGACAUGUUCUUCAUUAUCAGUUGGUGACCUUUAGCAAAUGUGGGAGUGUACAGUAAUAAACAAGAAUGAACCUACCAAAAAAAAACACUAUGUAAACUACUUCACAGACUAUGUUGUCUAUUAAAACAUUAUUUACAGAUUGAAUAACAGAUUGAGAAAAUGUAGCAGGGCAAGAUUACUGGUAAUUUCCAAAUAAAGUAAGAUUGAUCCAUUUUUUGUAUAAAUGUAAAUACUUUUUAAAGUUUUGUUUUUAUUUAUUUUAUGUUGUGAAAUAUCCUUGCAAUAUCCAGGUGUUUUAAUGAGUCAAUGUUAUGUUAAUAUUGAUGUAUUUAUGUUAACAUUGCAAAAUAAAAAAAAAUACAUAAAAGUGGUUUUAAGUUUACUCUUGUUGCUGAAUUACAUUCGUACAUGUGUAUCAAGAGUAAUAGCGUAUUCAAGCACUUUUAUAUCAGGCAGGACUUUUUUGACUAUGAUGUAAAUGUAGCCAGAUAUUUAAAGCAUUUGGUAACACUUUACAACAAGGUUCAUUAGUUAACAUUAGUUAACUAUUUUAGUGAACAUGAACGAAGAAUAAACACAGCAUCUUCAGCAUUUACUAAUGCAUUAUUAAAAUCAAAAGUUGUGUUUCAUUUAUGCACUGUGAACUAACAUGAACUAACAAUGACUAAUAUCAUUAACUAACAUUUAAAAAAAAAAAUGCUGUAAUAAAUGUAUUACAUUAACUAAUGGAUAACAUUAACUAAUAGAACCUUACUGUAAAGUGUAACCAACCAUUUUACUCUUUGAAAAAAAAGGUGUACUUGUACUGGCUGAAA